UCAAACAAAAAUAGAUUACAUUUGCAGCACUACGGUCCGGUCGCGGUAUCCGCGUUGUGGUUGUGUUGCUUUAUUAAACAGGCGACUGGAUAGUCUGAACGCAUUUAUUUAUUAUCAAUAGAACAGUAUUUUACUCUAUGUAUAACAUUACUUUAAGCUAAAGUGUAGUACUGACAAAGUUUAAUCGAUUCCAAUUCAAUAACAUUUCUUGAAAUAUUUACUUACAAGUGAGUUAUUAUUUUUAAAGAUAAUUUUGUAUCUACUUAUCUAAUAAGACAGCCGAAUACCUUAAUGCGAUUAGUUUUAGUAUCUAGCAAUGUUAAGUCUAUCACACCUGUGCCGAUGCACACAGUCGCUGCGGGUGGCGCAGAGUAAGCUGCUGGUGUCUGGUGCAAGGAAUGGCUUCAAUACAACAAGCAUUGUCAGCCGACAGCUCAUCACACAGAACAAUAAAGCCAGCAGGUUCAAGGGAUUGAGGCUCACAGAUCUCUUCAAGCCCCAAAGCAUUGCAGUCCGCUUCUGCCAGAGCGCACCGAAACAGAAAUCCACAAAAGUAGUGGGAUACUGGCUGCUAGGAUGUUCGGGGAUGGUGUUCACGGCAGUCGUGCUAGGUGGUGUGACCAGACUAACGGAGUCAGGGUUGUCGAUGGUGACAUGGAAACUCCUUGGCGAGAAGAUGCCGCGAUCUGAAGAGGAGUGGCAGGAGGAGUUUGAGAAAUAUAAGCAGUAUCCUGAGUUUAUCUAUAAGAACCAAAACAUCACCCUAUCAGAAUUCAAAUGGAUCUGGUACAUGGAGUUCGCUCACCGUACGUGGGGACGCGCUAUUGGCGCGGCGGUGUUCCUGCCGGCUGCCUUCUUCUGGGCUAAAGGCUAUUUAGACAAGGGCAUGAAGGUUAGGGUCGGAGCUUACUGCGCACUCGUCGCGGCUCAGGGUCUAAUGGGCUGGUACAUGGUCAAAUCAGGUCUGGAAGACCGUUUCCAAGGACCGUCAGAUGUACCCCGGGUGUCUCAGUACCGUCUCGCAGCGCAUUUGAGUUUGGCUUUCAUUCUAUACUCGGGACUCCUAGCUGGAGCCCUAAGGGUGCUCCGCCCCUUCCCCACUGCCUCCACAUUCAGGACUCUAAAGGAACUGACCAGCAUCACUGCGCUUGCGCAUUCUGUUAAGGCUAUGGCGUUCUUGACUGCUGUUUCAGGCGCCUUCGUAGCCGGUUUAGACGCUGGCCUAGUCUACAGUUCAUUCCCGAAGAUGGGAGACAACUGGAUACCUGAAGAUAUCCUGGCUUUCUCACCAACAUUGCGCAACUUUACUGAGAACCCCACGACGGUGCAGUUUGACCAUCGGAUCCUUGGCACCACUACCCUGGCACUGGUCACUGGGUUAUGGUACAUGUCCAGAGGGAAGGCACUGUCUCCCAUGGCAAGGAGGGUGGUUAACGGAGUCGGAGCUAUGGCGUGGUUGCAGGUGUCGCUGGGUAUAAUGACCCUGCUGUACUACGUGCCGACCCCGCUGGCCGCGUCCCACCAGUCCGGCUCCCUAGUGCUGCUGUCGCUGGCCAUCUGGCUCACGCACGAGAUCAAGCUGCUUAAAUACAUACCAAAGUAAUGCACCACAGACUGUUACUGUAACUUAUUGUAAAUUAAACUUAUUUUAGUGUUACCAA